AUGGGGGCACACACAGGGGACAGGGACGUUGGCCAGCCGGUGCUGGAGGGCAGCAGCCCUUUCCCUGACGUGUGGGUUGGUUACAACUGGGUGAAUGUGAAGCUUGCAGAUACCAGCGCUCUGCCAAGCCUGAAGGAACUGCUGCGGUCUGUUCCAAACACGGAGCAGAGGACCUGGGAUUUGUUUAGUUGGAUUUUAUCAUCAAAGGUCUUCGUGAUACAAACUACUAAAAAGCAGGAGUACGAGAAGAUCCAGGAGCUCACAGGGAUGUCUGGCGCUGCGGUUCCUGCUCCGGACUACCUCUUUGAGAUCGUGUAUUGUGACCAAAUGAACACCAAGUUUGCCGAGACCAAGGGAGAGCGGGACCUCAUCUAUGCCUUCCACGGGAGCCGCCUCGAGAACUUCCAUUCCAUACUGCACAACGGCCUGCACUGCCAUUUGAACAGGACGUCCCUGUUUGGGGAAGGUACCUAUCUUACCAGUGACCUGAGCCUGGCUCUCCUUUAUAGCCCUCACGGUCUUGGCUGGCAGCGAAGUGCGUUGGGCUCUGUCCUUAGCUGCGUUGCUGUUUGCGAGAUCAUCGACCACCCGGAUGUAAAGUGCCAGGUGAAGAAGAAAGAUUCAGAAGAAAUAGACAGAAAAAGAGCAAGAGUGAAAAACAGUGAAGGGGGUGAUGUACCACAGAAAUACUUUGUUGUCACAAACAAUCAGCUUUUACGAGUUAAAUACUUGUUAGUGUAUUCACAGAAACAGCACAGGAGGCCGCCUAGUCAGUCUUCCUGGUUGUACACGCACCGUUUUGCCGUAAUGAUGCUGCUGUACCUGCUGCUGCUGGUAGUGAUAGGGGCCAGCAACUCGCCAACCUUCGCCUACUACUGGCACAGAAUGUUUGACUCGGAGAGAUGA